UCCCCUCUCCUCCUCCUCCACCUCCACCUCCUCCUCUUCAGUCUCCUCCUGGCUAACUUCUCGUCGACACACCACCACUUCAGAUUAUUUUGGGACUGGAUACGAGAAGACAUGGCUUUCCUACACAGAACAUUUCUACCGCUUUGUCUCCAUAUCUGCCUCCUCAACUGGAGCGCAUGGGCCAAGGUGGAGCUGACUAUGCAUGAGAGUGUUGAGGUGUACCUGGGUGACUCGGCUCAGAUCCCCUGCCAGUACAGCUUCACUGACGCCAACAACGAGCCCAGCUUUGUCAUGAUCCAGUGGUUUGUGAGAGGUGUAGGUCUCAGCUCCCGGAUGCGGAUCUUUUACGGUGACGACAGUCAGCAGAUGGUGGACAAUAACACAGACUACAGCAGCCGCAUCAAGGUGACUUCAGACCAGCAGGGAACUCAACUCACCAUCCAAGAUGUCCAGCUCUCUGACGAGAGGGAAUUCUUCUGCCAGGUUAAUGGGCUGGCUGCCGGGAACGCUGAGGGCAAGACCCACCUCAGAGUUUUUGCUCCUCCAGAGGCUCCAGUGAUCGAGGGUGUCCUUACUGGAAUAUCUGUGACCAAUGAGGUGCCAUCUAAGGUUGCAUCAUGUGAGGCUCGCAACGGCUUUCCUAAACCCAACAUCACCUGGUACAGGAACAGCAUGCCACUGAUGUCUGUACCAGGACAUGUAAACGUGUUGAUCCUGGUGACCCGAGAGACCAGUGGCUUCUCCUCCGUCCAGAGCACACUGGAGUACAAGGUGGUUAAGGAGGACAAGGAUGCCCAUUUCUCCUGUGAGGUCAGCUUCUUCGUUCCGGGAGCCAUCAGGACAGUCGAGUCCAACAGCGUCAACAUAACUGUUCACUACCCCACCACCAUGGUGGAGCUUUGGAAGGAGUCGCCCCAGGGCUUGGUCAAAGAGGGGGAUACUGUGGAGCUGCGUUGCCAGGGUGAUGGCAACCCCCCGCCACCCUUCAUUUUCAACAGAGAACAAGAGCUGGAUGUGGACUUGGAGAGCAGAGGUGAUGACUUGAUCCUGUCUCCAGUGUCCCGGAAAGACAGCGGCAUCUACCAGUGUCGCCCUCUUGACACUGACGACUACACCGAGGUCAAAGGAGAAAUGCAGCUCACUGUGCACUACUUGGACCCAGCUGUGGUGGUACCUAAAGACUCAGAAGUCAUGCUCAAAGGAGAAGAUCUGACUGCAACCUGCAACGCUCUGUCCUCCCUGAAAACUUCCACUGUCUGGUACAAGGAUGGGCAGCAGGUGGGUAAGGGGAACACAUUGCACCUGAAGGACGCCACCUAUGAAACAACAGGAGAGUAUGUAUGUGAAGUGACCGUUCCCUCCCUGCCCGCCUUGCACACCAGCGGCUCCGUACACAUCAUCGUCCAAGGUGGUCCCCAGCUGGUGGGAGUGGAGCAGGAGGUGCAGCUGGAGGAGGCAACAGGCAGGAUGGUGAACCUGAGCUGUGAGGCUCAGGGCCAUCCACUGCCCAGCAUCUCCUGGACCAUCAUCGGCAGCCAGAACUGGCAUGAGGUGGUGAACAAAGCAAACGAGCACAUGACUCACAGCGUGGUGUCAGUCAAAGUCACCUCGGACAUCAGCGCUCUGUGCAACGCUUCCAAUGACAUGGGCACUGAAGUCAAGGCUUUCAGCAUCAAAGCCAUUCCCAGGGUCACCUCAACUGCACCCUUCUCUCCUGCUGAGGGCAGUGGGGUGAUCAUAGUGGUGAUCAUACUGUGUCUGCUGCUGCUGGCCAUCCUCGGCAGUGUUCUCUACUUCCUGCAUAAGAAGGGAAAGAUCCCCUGCGGACGCUCAGGGAAACAAGAGAUCAGCACCAAAGAGAAGAUCACCAAAGAUGACAUUGUCGUGGAGAUGAAGACCAACGCAAAGAAUGAGGAUGCUGUCCUCCUUAAGGUUGUCAACGGAGACAAAAAGGGCCCUAAUGACCAGUAAAGUCCCUGAUGGUUCAGCAGUGACGUAGUGCAGCAGGAGGCAGGACACAUGAAGCCAGCAGUCAGUGUGUGUUGGAGCAGAGGAGGCAGUAGACGCUCCCACUGAUCUGAGACCUGCAGGGUAACACCACCUCACAUUUUGGACAUUCCCCCAUCAUGCUUUGUUCUCAGCAGUAUUUAGUAGAUUUAAACACACACACACACACACACACACACACACACAAACACACAAGUAUGUAUGUACAGAUGUGUAUUUUCUUUUGAAUGAAUGUUUGCUUCCUGGACAUUCAGUUUCUCCAUAUGUUUUGUUCUAUUUCCUCAAACUGUGUUCAGCUCUUGGCUGUUGUUCAGUGUGUGUAUGAUGGAGUCUCAUGUGCAUCAUCAACUUUUUAUUUUUUUUUAUUUUUAUGAAAGUGUAUAUAUUAUAUAUAUUUUGUUAUUUAAGAUAUUUUGGCACUCAGAUUUUCAUUUCAUGGUAGCGUCUGGGUCAUGUGCAUGUUAAUCCGUGUUCAUGGGUCCAGGUGAGUUUCAGGACAGGAUAUGAUGUCAGAGACCAAACGCUUGCUGCUCCUCUGUGGCAGCUCUUUACUGUUGGUUCACAGUCACACUGAGAGAAGGCUUGUCAGUGUGUUUGCUUCAAUUUGAUUUUUGAUUGAUACCAGUAUUUGUAGAAAUUGACAUUGAAAUUUACCCCAAAAAAUGACAAAUACUAAAGCGUUUCCUCCAGAAUCGAUGUCUUGUUUGGGUGGAAAAACCUCUGAUCUACAGUUAAAUCAUCGGGAGACACUAAAGCUUGAAAUGCAGGAUCAUAACAGUAAUAAUAUCUAUAAAACUUGUCAAUCAGACACACUGGCAGCCUUCUUUUGCAAACUGCUGUCAAGCCCUUGUACUGUUUGUAAAUACAUGUAGUGUACAGACCUGCUAGUGGUGGCCUUGGACUGUUACUGAAGGUGAAAAGGUCAAAGGUUAGUGAUCGGCUGUGCCUGUUUUGAAAAUGCAUCAUACACUGAAUUAGUUUUUUUGCUUCUUUGGUUUGCUCUGUGUGUUUUCUUUGUGUUUCCACUGAGAGCUAGUUAGGCCUGAAGAAGUGUUCCAGUGUUUGUGCAUGUUUGACAUGUUUACUACAGAUAACACAUACAGUACUGCUGACCAUUCCGCUUAAGUUUCUGUUUGUUUCUGCACAGUUUGAGAAUCAAAGUUGCAGAUGCAUAAAACUUGCAGUUCGCAGUUUAGUUUUCUGUUCAAAGUUACAAUAUUAUUCCAUGGUAAUGCAGUUUUUACUGCAGAUUGAUUUGAAAAGUCUGCUCUGCGUUACCAUGAAACUAGUAUGAAUCUUUAACAACAGUAAAAGCAGACAUGGACGUUCUUCUCUGUGAUGGAUUACUGAACUCCACCAAGUUUCAAGGUGUUUUUUUUAUAUGUGAAAUGAAUGUAAAGCAAAGGCUGUGGAAGGUAGAAAUACAUUGAAUGUCUAUCUACAGCUCUCCCCAGUUUGUCAUGUAUCAUCACUACAUUCGAGUCACAGAGCUAAGCAUCAGAGGUUUUUUUGGAAAAAGAGAAAUCUCUGACAAUCUUUGAACAACCCAGAAAGCUGUUUACCAACACUUCCUGUUGUUUUCCAGAAUCCUGAAAGACUCUUUGACCAUGUGGAUCAACCAAAUAUUCCAUCUGCUAUAAUAUUCAUCCCAUAUUCUAAGACGCAACUGUAAUUCCUAAAAUGAUAGCCGGAAAUGACAAAUCACCUUGCUCUCUUUAUUGUGUAUGAAAAUAUUGGUUGAUCAAAAAAAUUAAAAAUGAAUCCCAAAUUUAAUCCAAAAUUGUGAUAUUCCCUAAUCCAAAUAGACUGUAGCCGGCAGUGACAUACUGCAUCUCCUUGCCGGAUUUGUAGGAUGUGAACCAAAAUUUAAAUUUUUUUUUUAUUUUUUUUUUAUUGUUUAUUUGGAUCUCUGUUAGCUUCCUCAAAGUGGUUUCUACUCAACAAAAACAACAACAAUAUAAAGACAAACACCAAUUUAAAAAAAGAUCAGAAAAUGUUGAAAUAACUCGACAUAUGAAAAAGUAGACUAUAGAAACUUAAAAAAAUAGCAGUAAAAAGAAAAUAUAAACAAUCAAAAAAGAUUCCAAAACAGCAGAACUGAAAGUAACAUCUAUGUAAGAUUCAUGUCAGUUUCCAUUUUUUUAUAUUUUCAUACACAAUACACAAGUUCUUCUUUUUUUUCUCUUGUGUUGUACAAAACAAGCAAGGUUAUAUGUCAUUUCCGUACACCAUCUUAGGAAAAAUGGGCUAAAAAUCUUUUAUAUUCUGUAGUGGAUGACAUUUUUUAAUGGGUGGGUGAUGAUGGGUAAGAAUCUUUGAGGAUUCUUCAAAUACCUUCAGAAGAUUUGUAAAUGUUUUGUAAAUGAUCUUCUGGGUUUUUAAAAGACUGUCAGGUAUUCAUUUUUUUCAGCAAUAUGGAUAUUUGAAUGUAAUAAUAGAUAAUAGAUAAUGAGAGGCGCAAACUGGAGCUAAUCAGGAUGCUUAGAUGGUCAGUGUACCGGAUUUAUAGUAAACCAGCUAAAACUUGCAACAACACUGGUAUGCUCCUUUAAGGGCCCGAGUUGUUUAUAUGAUGUACUGCUUGCUCACUGUGUAGGUUAUUGUGAAAAGAUAACAUUUUGUUGCUGCGAGCGCUACAUUGCCCAGAUGACUUGCAACAUUAACAAAAUAGUGAUAUGUUUUCUGUUUUCUUGUUUUCCACUGAGUUGAGGUGUUAAAGUUGUAGAAAUAUCCAGGUACAGGACGUCCUCAGGCAAGAAGUGUCCUCAUGCGCAGCGUUAUGCUAUUAUUAUGGUUUAGAGAAGCUGCACAAAGCCAUAACACCGACCAUCUCUGGUGUGCAGUCAAACUUUUCUGAUUUGCACCUCGUCUUUUCAGUUUAAUACAACUUUAAAUACGGCAUUUUUUGUUUAUUGUUCUGGAUUUUUCACCAGUGGGAAAACAAGUUUGAAACUGAACAUUGCAGUUAUGUUCUGUUUUUCUAAAUGUGUGUAUAUUAAGUACUGUACAUGUGAUUCUUUGAUGCUUGCGGUUUUUUUUAAAUAUUUUUUGCAAGAAAAUAAUGCCAAAUAAAAAUGUUUCAUUUAAAGAGA